AUGAGGGUCGCAGGAAGGCAAACACAGGCCCCCGCAGACGGCGACCCCCAGCACAGAGCCGCAAGCGAAGAGGCACCGGGAGAGGGCACUCCUGACAGCCUACAAGCCCGCCACCGACCACCCGAACGCGCCAGCGCACGGCCCGUAACCACCUCACAGAAAAAGGGGCACAAACCACCAACAACCACCCCCCCGCCCCCCACGCGGAGACACCAGGAGGCCUACCGCGGGCCCCCAGGAAACGACACAGACGCCCAGCCACCCCGCGCCCCCCCACCCCCCGACCCCGAGCCACAACACACGGACGGAACAGAACACAAACAAAAGCCCCCGUACCCCCAGGAACCCCCGCCCCACGCCAAGACCCAAGCAGAUCGGGAGAGCGAAAGCGCCCCCAACAAGAAGUCCGGGACACUACACAGCCACCCCCAGAAACGGCGAGAAACAAAAAACCAACUCAAGCCAGCACCCCCAAACAAAACCAACAUUGCCCGGCUACCAGCACAUAAGCCGAGAACCAGUAGUAGCCACCCAACAGGAAGCAGUCAAAAAGGCAGAAAGCAAAAAGCCACAGCAGCAAACAAAACCAGCAAACGCGACGCCCCCCAACGGCACCGAGCGCCCGACACCCCGCCCCGCGGACCGCGGCCACCGAGGCACCAAACCGACAAACACCCCCCAACAAACCCCCCCCCACCCCCCGCCCGCACAGCGACCACCGCCCACACCCGGACGGACCCGACACGCCCCCCCCACCAGCCCAGCCACCAGCACCCAGGACACGAAACGCACCACAGGAAGCCACCCAGGCCACCCCAGGCCCGAGCCAGCUCCUCCCCAACCACACCACCUCGAAGCAAAGCAAAACAGAAAAACAGAAAGCAGAGACCCCGGAGGGGAGGUGAAAAACACGAAAAGCAAAACGGGAGGGCCCCGACGGAAGACCCACCCCGCACACCUCACCCCGCAGAGGCCCAAACAACACAUAGAGCAAGGCACAGGAAAAACAACCCCAACAAGCCCCCCAGCUCCACGGGCCUACCGCCCAACAAUCAGACCAUCCAGCCGACAACACCCCGCAGAAACACCAGGACACCGGACAUCCAAGACAAGGAAAGGCCCCUCACGCUGAACACCACACCAAAACACCGCCAAAACAGACCAAACCAAGCCAACCCCCGACCACAGACGCCCGGAACCGCCGACCAGCCGUGCGACGCGCCCCGGGGCCCCCAGCACCAGGCACGGACCAGGCGACCCGCCCAACAAGUCCCCGAGCGGGGUCGCCUGAGCAGCCUCGGUACCUCCACACCCGAAGAGACGAGGCCGCGAGAGAAAGGACUGGCGGCUCCCACGCUGUGA